AUGCUGACUCUCUGUGUUUUCUCUAGGGGGAAACUCGGACGGUACCCUCCAUGGCCGGGAAAGAUUGUUAAUCCACCCAAGGAUUUGAAGAAACCUCGUGGGAAGAAAUGCUUCUUUGUAAAGUUUUUUGGAACAGAGGAUCAUGCCUGGAUCAAAGUGGAACAGCUAAAGCCAUACCAUGCGCAUAAGGAGGAAAUGAUAAAGAUUAACAAGGGAAAACGAUUCCAGCAAGCUGUGGAUGCUGUGGAAGAGUUCCUCAGGAGAGCCAAAGGGAAAGACCAGACAUCAUCCCACAAUUCUGCUGAUGACAAGAAUCGGCGUAAUUCCAGUGAGGAGAGAAGUAGGCCAAACUCAGGUGAUGAGAAGCGCAAGCUUAGCCUGUCUGAAGGGAAGGUGAAGAAGAACAUGGGAGAAGGAAAGAAGAGGGUGUCAUCAGGCUCUUCAGAGAGAGGCUCCAAGUCCCCUCUGAAAAGAGCCCAAGAGCAAAGUCCCCGGAAACGGGGUCGGCCCCCAAAGGAUGAGAAGGACCUCACCAUUCCUGAGUCUAGUACCAUUAAGGGGAUGAUGGCCGGACCCAUGGCUGCAUUUAAAUGGCAGCCAACUGUGAAUGAGCCUGUUAAAGAUGCAGACCCUCAUUUCCAUCACUUCCUGCUCAGCCAAACCGAGAAGCCAGCUGUCUGUUACCAGGCCAUCACAAAGAAGUUGAAAAUAUGUGAAGAGGAGACGGGGUCUACCUCCAUCCAGGCAGCAGACAGUACGGCCGUGAAUGGCAGCAUCACACCCACAGACAAAAAGAUAGGAUUUUUGGGCCUCGGCCUGAUGGGAAGUGGCAUCGUCUCCAACUUAUUAAAAAUGGGUCACACGGUGACUGUCUGGAACCGGACUGCAGAAAAAGAGGGGGCCCGCCUAGGAAGAACCCCCGCUGAAGUUGUUUCAACUUGUGACAUCACCUUUGCCUGUGUGUCGGAUCCAAAGGCGGCCAAGGAUCUGGUGCUGGGCCCCAGUGGUGUACUGCAAGGGAUCCGUCCCGGAAAGUGCUACGUGGACAUGUCAACAGUGGAUGCUGACACAGUCACCGAGCUGGCCCAGGUGAUUGUGUCCAGGGGGGGCCGCUUUCUGGAAGCCCCAGUCUCAGGGAACCAGCAGCUGUCUAAUGAUGGGAUGUUGGUGAUCUUAGCAGCCGGAGACAGGGGCUUAUAUGAGGACUGCAGCAGCUGCUUCCAGGCAAUGGGGAAGACCUCCUUCUUUCUAGGUGAGGUUGGCAAUGCAGCCAAAAUGAUGCUGAUUGUGAACAUGGUCCAGGGGAGCUUCAUGGCAACUAUCGCUGAGGGGUUGACCCUGGCCCAAGUGACAGGCCAGUCCCAGCAGACAUUCUUGGACAUUCUCAAUCAAGGACAAUUGGCCAGCAUCUUUCUGGACCAGAAGUGCCAAAAUAUUCUGCAAGGAAACUUUAAACCUGAUUUCUACCUGAAAUACAUUCAGAAGGAUCUUCGCUUAGCCAUUGCUCUGGGCGAUGCCGUCAACCAUCCAACUCCUAUGGCAGCUGCAGCCAAUGAGGUGUACAAAAGAGCCAAGGCACUGGACCAGUCUGACAACGACAUGUCUGCCGUGUACCGGGCCUACAUACACUAAGCCCCCACUUCCUCCCUCCCUCUGACCCCCUCUUCCUCACAUGGGGUUGGGGUCCUGGGACUUCACUCUGGACCAGUCCACCUGUCUCCAUCUCCUUUUAUACAGACUUUGAGACUUGCCAUCAGCACAGCACUACUCCUCCCCUGAAAGUCCUGGGAACCGGGGAGGUGUCAGCAGGAUUGGCCUGUAGCAAAGCUCUUGAGCUGGGCACUGGCCCCUGAACCAGGUGGCUGUGUGUUCACACAUACACACACACACACACACACACACACAUAUAGACCCACACUGGCUCUUAACUCCAGGAUAGAAGCUGCCCGGAAACUGCUGCCUGGCUUUUCCCCCUUCCACGCUUGUCUUAUCUCAUACCCCUUCCAGUCGAGGAACUAGAAUCAGCAAUGAGAAUUGGAAGCCUUCCUGCUUCCCUCAGAGCGGAGAGGCUGUGGUCACAUUCACAUUCCCGACUGGAUCCCUUGCAGAGAGAGGCUCUGGGCCAAGAUGAACUAGUACAGACUAAACGGAGGAUCCUGUGGACCCUCCCAACCUCAGGUGACCAGCUGAUGGGGAUUGUCAUGUUUAAGCUGCCAAUGUGCAACCAACUCUCCA